UUUCUUGUCCAAAAAUAUUUAGAAAUAGAUGAAAUUGAGAGUUUUUUUUUUUUUAAAUUUGUUUAGGAUUUAUUUUAAAAUAUUAAUCUUUUUCUACCAACUCAUGAAACUGUUAAUAAUAGUUAAUUUUUGUUUUAGGGUUAGGGUUUUUAUAUAGAAAAGUUGUUGCUUUUGUAGGGAAAGUUAUGGUAGGUGGCUAUUAAUUUGUGAUUUACUGCUGGAUUUUCAACAUUAUGAGGGAGUAAUAAGUUGAUAUUCUUUUAAAUUUUUAGUUAAGUGAACCAUCUAAAUGAGUCUUUCACAGGAUCCACCCAGAUCAUUUUUCCCCUUUGGAAAUCCUUUCCGGAUGAUAUCACCUAAAGGCUCUAAGUUAUCUCCGCAACUACUGGCAGUAUUGGGUGCUUUUGAGGAAUCUCUGGAAGAGAGGCUGAAAAAGCUUAUUCCUAAAAACAAGGAUGAAGUCGCCAGUUUGUCGUGGAUGACUUCGGCUUUGCAGGCACUUUGUGAAAGUCACAAUGACAUUAAAACCCUCAUGACAGACCUUGAGCUUCCCGUGACUGAUUGGGAUGAGAAAUGGAUAGAUGUGUACUUGGACAUUAGUGUGAAGUUGCUGGAUAUGUGCAAUGCAUUUAGCUCUGAGUUAUCACGUCUAAACCAGAGCCGCCUUUUACUUCAGUGCACGUUGCACCAUUUAGGCUCUUCCUCGUCCGAUCAACUUUUUCGGGCAUGCUCUUCACUUGAUGGUUGGAGCCAACAUAUGAGUUCUAAAAACCCUAGAAUCGAAAAAUGUGGCAGCAUUUUGGAUAAUCUGGUUGAGUCAUCUGAUAUGCCAAAGGUUAAAAAGUCAGCAAAAGGUAAGGUUUUGAUGGAAGCUAUAUAUGGAGUAAAGGUGCUGACAGUAUUUGUGUGCAGUGUGUUUGCUACUGCUUUUUCAGGCUCUACAAAGAACUUGAUGGAUAUGGAUGUGGCCGAUCAUUAUUCCUGGGCUCCCGCUUUUAAAGUUCUGCAGAAUCUUAUUAAUGAAAAUAUUAGAGUUAGAUUUUCAAGUGGGAGAUUUACUGUAUUGAAUGAGCUGGAAGCAGUUGAUUUGUCUGUGAGGGAAUUAUACCCUAAUAUCCAAGGUCUUGUACAUACAAUUGAGAAAGAAUCACAUGCAAAAACCGUUGAGAAAUUAGGCAGAGCAAUGGAGAAUUUCUCUCAAGGACUAGAUCUUCUUGCAAAGGAGGUGGAUGGCUUUUUUCAAGUGGUUUUGUCUGGCCGUGAUGCCUUGCUAGCUAAUCUGAGGUCGGUUACUUUCGGCAAUGACCAUAUCUUGGGAGAUAAAAGUGAUGCACAAGUGGUCAAUUGAAUAUGUUGCUGCAUACAUCUGGUAUAUACUUAUGAAUCUAGGUAUUGGGUUUUAUCUUUUGUGAUUGAUAAUGUUAUUCAAUCUUGUUUUACUUAUAUUGAAGUCAUCCUUAGUAUUAAUAGGCUUUAUAGUUGUAUUAUGGAACUGCUGAAGUUUGUAGUCGUGAUAUUCUGUGUAUCGAAUCGAAGUACAAUAAAAAAUGUAUAUAAAAAGUUAUUUAUGGUUAAAGAUGUUGGUUAAGUUGUCACCUACUUACCUUGAAAUCUUGAGAUCCUUUUAAGCUCUCUCAGAUUUGAAGAAAAUCAUCUCAAAUUGAGAACUUUAAUGUGGCAUCUGUUUAUUCCACUUCAUUUGUAGAAGUGACGAGGGUCACACUGAAAUUGAGAAUUUUGAUGCCAGGGCCUACUAUAAUAGUUGUAUCCCCUCAUAAUCAGAUUAUUUAGAUUGUAUUUUCUGUGCAUUAUGGUAGAGUUUGAACAAAAAACUUGAGGGCGUGUUAUUUUUUAAAAUGUUUCAUUAACGUGUAGCCAUUUACUAGUGAGUCUAU